AUGGCAGUGGGAAUCUGUACAGAAUGUUCCAGUAGUCGGUGGGAUUGUGAUUGGUGUAUCCAUGACAACGCCUGCACCCAUGACAGUUCUUCUUGUUCGGCGGUAAUUACCGGAAUGGAUGGACCAUCAUCUUGUGCCAAGCUUCUACCUGUAACAUCAGCCAUUCAAAUUCCCGUCGGUUUGGAGAGAGAAUUUCAGCUGAAAGCUAUCAAUCUCCCAUCUAUGGUUCAAGAUUUUGAGUGUGUUGUAUACGAUGAUGAGGGCCGGGAGCAGGUCACAUCUGCAGUUGUCAUCAACAGAACAGACGUUAUCUGCACAGCCAGGAGGUAUACAUAUAAUACUGAUGUGUUGGAACUAGAAGUGCCUGUGUCCGUCCGUUGGAAUGGAAAUUUCUACAUUGACUCACCAAGUGAUAUCAAUGUCACUCUCUACAAUUGUGAGUUUGAGCGAGAUAGCUGUAGCCGAUGCCUGUCUCCCAAGGUCACCCCGGUUGGUUUAGGAUGCGGAUGGUGCGGGACUGUCUGCGGUGUCCGCCAAUCUCCGGAAUGUCAAGGAGAUUCCUGGAUCCCUCAAGGAUCCAAUCAAAGUUGUCCUGGUCCAGUGGUCUCAAGGAUCUUCCCUAUGUCGGGUCCCAUAGAGGGUAAUACGUUGGUUGAGAUCAUCGGUAGCGACCUUGGACAAAGCUUCUCAGAUAUUGCUUCUAUCAUGCUUGGUCAGCAUUCCUGCAACCCUGCAGGUUUACAGGAUAGCUACCGGGUGGGUUCCAGAGUUAAAUGCCUGACCUCAGCAAGGAUUGGUGAAGGAGAGGUUUUAGUGAGAGUGACCGUCAGAGACUCUCAGAAUAAUUUGUUGGAGAGUACAGGAUCAGUCAGGUUUACAUACCGUGAUCCAGAGAUCACCGGGUUCAGUCCGUCGUCGGGUAUCGCCAACGGAGGCACGGUCGUCAUGAUAACGGGCUCCGCCCUCAAUACAGGCAGUAACAUCACAGCAUCCAUCGGUGAUGCUCCUUGUGAUAUCAUGUCUAUCAAUGAUACCUUCGUGAGCUGUGAGACUGGUAGGGCAACAGAGAACCUGUCUAGUCUGGUGACUCUGACAUUCGAUGGAGCUGAAAGGGAUUCACAGGAGAUGUACACGUACAAACCAAACCCCACCUUCGCGGAAUUAUCAACAUCCAAGUCCAUUGUAUCGGGUGGAGUAAAUAUCACCAUUUACGGUGUGGGGUUUGAGACCGUCCAAGAAGCCUUACUGAUUGCUGCGCUCAUAAGAGACCCUACAAGAGCAACCUCUGUGGAAUGUCACCUCCUGAGUGAUGUAGAGAUGGGUUGUCCCAGCCCUCGUCUUCCCACUUUACAAUUGACCAAUCAGAAGAGACGUAGGAGAGAAGCAGAGGAGGUCUCCCUUGCGCUGUCACUGGAUGAUUAUCUGGUCAACAUCAGUGAUUCCUUUGAAUAUUUCCCAGACCCUUAUUAUGAAAACUUCACUGAUGUUAAAGAGGUCUAUGGGAAUGAUACACUCAAGAUAAAUGGCAAAGAUUUGAAUCUAGCAGUGAGUAAAUCAGAUGUCCGCGUCGUGAUUGGUGAUAAAGUCUGCGAAGUUCUUAGCAUUACAGCAGAGACACUCUUCUGUCGUUUACCACCCACCCCACCUCAGGUCAAGCGAAAUGGAACCUCUCAGACCUACCCAUCAGUCAUUGUCUUCCACGGUAGCACCCUGGAAUUCAACGUGGGGCGAGUCCGCUACCUCCAUGAUUCCGAUUUCAGGAUUAUUUUGGUGUCAGUCAUCGCCGUUCUGGUGGGCGUGGCAGUGGUCUUCACUCUCAUUGCUGUCUCGGUCUAUGGAAGACGGGUUCAUCAGCACAAGCUCAAAUCAGCAGAGGGCGCUCUGAUCAGAUUGGAGGAACGGCUGAAAGACAAAGCAACCGAAGCAUUUCACGACCUACAACGGGAUAUGUCUGGUCUGAAAGAGCAGCUUCAAGGAGUUGGUAUGCCUUUUGUCAGCGGAGCAGACUACAUUAGGAACAUGCUCUUCUGGGGCCUCAACGUCCAGCCAAUGACCAGUGAUCCUGAGCUACCCCAGGAGAGUAUAAAACAAGCUAUGUCCGAGUUCUCUAAGCUCCUCAACAAGAAGCAAUUUCUCAUGGACUACAUUCAGUGUCUCGAUGAAGCCAAGAGCUUGAAACAGAAAGACAGAGUAAACAUUGCUUCACUAAUUUCAACGAUUCUAACCACGGAAGGACGAUUUGAUUAUCUCACUGAGGUUACGCUGACAUUGAUGGCAGACAAAAUAGAAGAUUCAGAUGAAAAUAGACUCAAACAACUCUUCAAAAGUGUGCAGAGUAUACUUGAGAAGCUUCUAUCAAACUGGGUAGCACUGUGUAUGUAUAAGCAUCUACAGAAACAAGUAGCGUACCCUCUGUAUGUGUUGUACCAAGCUAUCAAGGGUCAAGUAGACAAAGGACCAGUAGAUGCUAUCACCGGUCAAGCUCAUUUCUCUCUCAACUUUGACUAUCUUCUAGACGAGGAUGUGGAAUUUGAAGAUGUGACCCUGCAUAUCGUAGACAAGGAACACAAGGUCUUGGAACAGGUCAAAGUACUGGAUGUUGAUACUAUCACCCAAGCCAAACAAAAGAUAUUAGAUGCUAUGUACUGCAAAAGACAGACAGCACAGCAGCUCAGGUCAAAUGAAGUAGACUUGGUGCUUCUAAAUGGACGUAUGGGUCAGCUGGUUCUGAGAGAUAGAGAUUCAAUUACUGAUACUAGAGGCCACUGGAUCAAAACUAACACCAUCAAAGCUUAUAAGAUAUCCAAUGGUUCUUCGGUAGCCAUUGUCAAGAAGCAAGAUGGGACAAAUCAAGAGUUUUCUGGCCCUCUGGUGUUGGAUAAAGCAGAACUUGCCUACUCAUAUGUGCCAAGGUUAUCAGAAUGCUAUUCCCCUUUGUCUAUGGACAGAAACCAUGCUCAGUAUGUGAAGUUAAAUGCUCUUGCAGUCCCAGCUGUGAACAAUGUUCGUACAUCUUGGGAGUAUACUCAAAUUGAUGCAGAUCCAGAGGAGGGAAAGCAGAUGUGGCACUUGGUGAAAGAGGAGAGUAGUGCUAUGAACAGCAAUGGUAAGAGCAAGAAGGGCCACAAGAUAGACCACAAGCCCAAGCUCAUAAAAGAAGUCUAUACCUCAAGACUCCUCGUAACCAAGAAUGCCGUCCAGCCUUUCCUAGAUGAGUUCUUAGAUGCUACCUUCUCGCUACCUUCAGGCCAGUCUAGUUUACCCGUUCACAUCAAGUAUCUCUUUGAUUUCUACGACGCUCAAGCCGAAGAGAACAGUAAUCUCAAGGACAAUGUAGCUGCUGCAUGGAAAACCAAUAGCCUUGCUCUUCGUUUCUGGGUAACGGCCAUCUCCCAUCCAUCUUACAUCUUUGAUAUGCAACAAUCACGGACGACCGAUUACUGCAUCAAUGUUCUCACCAACAUGCUAGAUAAUGCAUGCAAAAAGAACAUUCCUACCUAUAAUCUGGAUGCGUCGUUAAACAGGAUCCUGUACAGGCCAGAGCUUCCAAGGUAUAUUGAGAUGAUCGAAGGAUAUUUCAAUGCCAUUGCAGACUUGCCAGAGGUAUCCCCUUCUCAGCUUGAAGAAGAAAGCCAGCAAAUUACCAAUGAAUUUUCUACCCAUUUUAGCAGACUGGGAAUGCUUUAUCAGUUGUACGAGUACACCAAAGAACAUACAGAUAUGUUGGACAACAUCAGUGCAAUAAUUGAAGAACGAGAUGACUAGACUAGAGAGAAAUCAAGUAAGAAGACAACGUACGUUAGACAGAUAGAGGCAAUAUCAACCAAACUUCAAAAUGUGCAAGAUUGACAUGCUGGUUUUAUUUUUUAAUUUGGUGCUACUACAUUAUGUCAUUGCUCUUUUUUGUUAGUGUCAAUAUUUUGAAGUGUAAAUGAAAGUUUUGUAUCUUUUUUUCGUUGACGGCAAAAUGAGAGUAUGCUGUGACGAUUUCUUUGUUGAAUGAGAUCGGGACCAAGUGUCUGCAAUGCCUUUUUAUUUUGUUGGCGUGCAUGCAUCUUUCAUCUUUAGUUAAAAUUUUUGUAGUUACAACUGUUCCUCAACUCUUAUUUUAAAUCAAUUGAGAUAUAUAUAAAGCCUCUUCUUUUAUCCUGCAUAAUUAUUUAUUCAUUACUUUGCUUUUAUUCUUCAUUUUGUGAAGUCUUGCUAACCAAAAUAUUUACUUUUGAAAUGUGCAUGCCAAAUAUUAAGUGGAUUACUAUAUUUUGCCGAGAGUGCAUUUCUCAAUUUUGAUAUUUUAAGUCCAGAUACAGAGCUUGCCAAGAGAAAGAGUGAGAGAAGUUGAGCUUAUGAGAGUGUUAUCAAUAUUGUCAUAUGCUGUUUGUAGCCAUGAGGGUGAACAUUUGUGAUAUUUGUAUUUUUGUAAAUUAAAUCUUCAUUUAUUAAAACAAGUCCAUUACAUGUAUAUUUACUUGUAUUGAAAAAAGACAUUUUAUUCUAAUGAAAAAUGAUACUCUGUUAACAUUCAACUCUACAAUAUUUUCAUAAUUUUCUGCAAUGUUUAUUUUUAACUCAAUAAUUAUCAUACUUUUAGUAAUUAAUUUCCAUAUAUUUUGUUCAAUUCAAGGACUAAACUCUUUUCUUAUCUCAAUUCAAAACAUUGUAUCAGAAAAUAUCGCAUCAGUAUGUCCAAGUAUUUUUAUUCCUUCGUUCAACUCAAAAUGUUGCUUACUUUGAUCUGUUUGAAUAUACAAUGAUAUUUUAUAUUUCUAGAUUCCAUGUGUACCAAAUACCCUUUUGACACAUACUCCAGUAUACAUCUCUUUUGAUUUUAUGAUGGCCUUUAAUGGUUGCUAGUAUAUGUAGCUUGUUUUUCUGAAGAUUCAAAUACUGGGAAGGUUUAUUACAUCCAAAACCAACGAAAAAAGUUAUUUUGAAAGUUUGACCGUCGAAAUGAACUAAACUUUUAUAUAGUUCAUAAGGUAUUUUUGUAGCAACAAUCCACUUUUCAUUUUCAGAAUAACAAACUUGUGGAAUAAUGCCCCAACUGUUCUGAUCAAUGACCCUUUUCAUUUUCCGAUUCAUGAAGUAUAUACGCAAUUUGCAUGUUUUGGAAUAACAGACUUUCUUAAUAAAAAUCAAUAAUCUAUUACAGGAUUUUUUCCAGUACACUCCCUUAAGAUUAAAUGAUAUUCUUAAGUCAUACCAAUGAAUAUAUUCCAAAAAGUUACUUUGAAGUACACAUUAUAGAUUGGUGAUGAAUGGGUUUUCUUGGUGUGCGUGUGGAUUGAACCUAGGGCCCUGUGAUAUAAAGCUUUAAAAAUGGGGCUGAUUUUCACGAUUGAUUGCAUUGAUCAUUAUGUGUGAUCAAUCAUUGAAAUCACCUUCAUCAUCAUCAAUCACUAACCUUUAUGUGAUGGGGGACCUGGGGCCCAUCUUACAAAAGAGUUGCAAUUGAUCCGAUCAAUUGCAACUAUGGAAAGCCAGCUACGUCAACAUCUGAAAUACAUGUUUGUUCAAAAUAUUUUUCUAGAGAUGACAUAUAUUCAUACAUUCUCUGUUUUCUUGACAAUUCAGUACGCCUCUCUUUGUUUCCAAUGGAUAUUGAGCAAAUUUCCAAAAGAAAAAAAUUAUGACAUUGGUGGAUUUCCAUAUACUUGAGAUUGAUCGGAUCAAUCGUAACUCUUUGUAAGACGGGGCCCUGGAAAUCUAACACUUAACUAUAAUUGCAGUACUCCAAUUGUCAGUACUCCUCCUUUCCAAUUCUUACUCUAUUUUACUUCUGGGUGGUCUGAUCCUUAUUUAAUUGAAAACUCACUUUGUUGUGCCAGGUAUUGAUUGUUCACAUUUCUAUAAUGAUGUAAUGUAGAAACCUGCUGUUGUGAAACACACAUGUUGUUAGGGCAAAGUUUACAACAAAAACAACAACAAAUUACAGGGCACUUGCUAGGGUAACCCUUGCUCCCAUUGAAUAUAUGCAUAUUGUAAGCAUGUAAAAUCUUCCUACCCAAACCCAAACUUAAUGUAGUGAUUGUAUAUAAAAUAAACUAUUUACAAAGAUCGUAUUCUGAAUUUUAUUCCCCUGUUCCAUUUCUUGAUUUUGAGUUAUUAAAUCUUUAAGGGCAGGCUUGAAGUCCAGACUUAAUUUCAUUUCAUAAAAAAGGUAAAAUCUGAGUAGUCGUAGUUUUCUAUAAUUAUGAAGGUGAUUGUUAGAUUGUGUAAAAUAAGUUGGAGCUUAUAAAGGAUGUAUUCUGUACAGGUGAUGAUGAUCUCUUGGAAUUAUUUUCAAGUGUUUGUUAGCAACGAUUACACUUUGAUACAAUACGAGACCAAGAGGUGAAAACCCUGAGAAUCAAAUGUAAUAUUUUUUGGGAUUUUUCUUCUUAAACUAAUUAGAACUUUCUUGCCAAGUACCUUAUCUUCCAUUUUUAAACUCACUUCAACAGAUUUUAACUAUUCUAUGAUAACCCCUGUGAAGAGUGAUAUGUAUAUACACACAAGUAUAUUAUUAUAUUGUCAGAUCUUAUAAUGUUCAAAUUUUUAAACUCACAAUUGUAAAAGUUAUUGAGAAUUGUUGAUCUAUUAUUCAGAUUCAGUACUUGCUUCUUUUCAACCCCCAACUGUUUAGAAAAUAUGUUUAUACAUACCCCCAACCCCCCCACCCCCCCCCCCGAAAAAAUUGUAAUGGGAACAGUGGGAGCUUUGAUUUUUCAUUCAAGAGCAGAAAAAAUGGGUUGGUUAUCUGAGAGGAAUAAACCUAUUAAAGUAGGGUAAGACUGUGUUGUGCAUGAUUUAGAGAAAUGUAUUUAUCGUCAUGAUAUGAAAAUAAAAAAGUUAAUCCAUUUAUUCUUAUAAGAAAGGUAAUUCAUUUAUUUUAGACUGUUGUACUUGACAUAAAAUAGUACUUAAGACAUCUUCGAAGAAAUUGUCAAAAAACAUUGUAUAUGUAAAUAGUAAUGUAACAGCCUUUUUGUACAUGAGUCUAUUAAUCUUGUAUGGUGAAUGUUAUUUAUUUGAAAAAUGCAGCCUCCAAACGCUGCAUGGGCCUUUCUAGAACCAAAACGUCUUGUUUUAUAGGUAUUUUGUGAACAGAUCAAAUCAAUGUAUUUUUCAUGUCACAAAUUUUUCAAAUGUCCUGUUAUAGAUGAAAUGAUAUAUUUAUGUUUAUCCUAUUUACCUAAUAUAUUACUGAAAUCAUUUUUGUUUUUCUAAAAAGAGGCUUUAUAAUGAACAUGUUUAGAUAUGAUAUACAUGAUAUGAUGUUAUUAUUCUUAUUGUGUAAUACUGUAUAUUAUUACAGAAAUUGUCAUUUGUACAGAAGAAUAAAUUACUAUAUACCAGUACUACUGGACAGAUCA